AUGCUAAAUGUGGGUGGGCGCAUGCAGUCAAAUCCAACGACUGCGAGUGAACGAUUACAGGCUUAUCAAAAAAGAUUUCCAACAUGUCCUCAGAUUCCAAUAUUUGUUGGUUCGGAAAUAACAAGUGAAUAUCAUUCGGAUGAUGGAGCAAUAGAAGUUAUUGAACGCAAAUGUCAAUUAAAUGUUGAUGCACCAUAUUUGGUUAAAAAAAUAGCUGGAGUUGAAUACGUUUAUUUUACACAAAAAAAUUCUCUUGAUCGACGGAAAAGAACUCUUCUGAUUGAAGCAACGAAUAUUUCUUUUGUAAGCAGAAUUGUUGUUAAGGAAGAAUGUCACUAUUAUGUUUACCCUGAAAACAAAGAGUGGACUUGUUUUGAACAAAGUGCAUCAUUGGAUGUUAAGGCUUUUUUUGGUUUUGAAUCUACAGUGGAAAAGUUGGCAGUGAAACAGUACGCCGCGAAUUUGGCUAAAGGAAAAGAAGUACUUGAGUAUUUCAUUGACGAGCUCCUGAAGAGUGGUAUCACUUACAUACCGCCAUUUGAAGAUUCUUCGGAGUCGGUAACUGACUCUGCUAUUGAUGUUUCAAGAGUUCCUGAAGAAGAAGAGAAAGAAAAGGAGAAAGCUAAUGAACGACGGCGGCGUCCGUCAAUUAUUGUCACAUCACUUCAGGAGGCGGAAUCUGCUUCAUUUGAUGACCCUUUCUGGGACCAGUUGGUUAUUGUUUUCAUUGGAGAUCUGGGAUCUAUGCUGGCAAAACGUUAUGAUAAAAAUGGCAAAAAACGCCGUUCAGUACGUUUUCUUGUAGCUGAAGCAAAGCUUGAAGCUGAAUAUAUUAGACGAUUUCUCGGACAGUUAACUGCGUUAGAGGAAAGUCGGUUGUGCGAAUUUAAAUAUGGUCUUCAAAAUACCCAUAAGGGAAAGUUACCGAACGAUGCACAUUUGCUGCGAUUUUUGCGCGCUCGUGAUUUUGAUGUUCCUCGUGCUACCGAAAUGAUACAAAAAAGUUUGUUGUGGCGAAAAAAGUACAAUGUCGACAAGAUUUUACAAGAAUUUGAGCCACCCCCUGUCCUGUUGCAGUUCUUUCCCGGUUGUUGGCAUCACUCUGAUAACAAGAACAGGCCGUUGUAUGUUCUUCGGUUGGGUCAGUUAGAUACAAAAGGUCUUUUACGGGCCGUUGGUGUAGAAACAAUUGUAAAGUUUGUAUUGACAAUCAUCGAACAAGGUCUUUUAAAAACAGCAGAGGCUACGAAACUUCUAGGAAUGCCCAUAAGUACUUGGACUUUACUUGUGGAUCUAGAGGGCUUAAGCAUGCGUCAUUUGUGGCGUCCUGGAAUACAAGCUCUUUUACGCAUAAUCGAAAUUGCUGAGGCGCAUUAUCCAGAAACUCUUGGCUUAGUUCUUAUCGCUCGGGCACCCCGUGUCUUUCCAGUCUUAUGGACUUUAAUUUCACCUUUUAUUGAUGAGAAUACACGGAAAAAGUUUAUGAUCAAUGCAGGAGAAUCAGUAAUAAGUGAGCUUAAGAAGUACAUGGACGAACAGUAUAUUCCAGAAUUUCUUGGCGGAACUUGCUUCUGCCUCGCGCCUCCUGGUGGUCAUGUCCCUAAAAAUCAAUAUCAUCCAGUUACAGAGGACAUAACUGACGACGUGCUUUCAUCAACUUAUCAGACUGCUACCAUAAUAAAGGGUGCACCUCACGAAAUUAGCAUUCCUGUUCAUAGUAAAGGAUGUGUUCUUACCUGGGAUUUUGAUGUUAUAAAGGGCGAGUGCGAAUUUUUAAUUUUAUAUACGCCGAAGUUAUUAGAACCUGCUGUAACCCAACAAUCGGCUUCUUUGUUAUCACCAGUGGAAAGAGUAACUGCAGCAAUUAGUAGUUCGCCUCCUGCAACUUCAGUACUUUCCGAUUCAAAAUUGGUUCCUAAUGUUGAUCUCAUUAAGGAAGAAAAACCUGUCCAGUUUGCGGAUGGAGACUCGAUGCAAGGUUCACAUUACUGUUCGAAGGUUGGGACAUAUAUCUUACAGUGGCGUUAUCCGGAACCUUCGAAUAAUCAGUCUUUCGAUUUUUCUCUUUCACACCAUAAGUGCAAAUUGAUGUAUUAUUAUGAACUUCUUGAUUCAGCUGGCUUUAAAGGAUCUGUCGCAUCCUUGGAAAGCUGUAGAUCAUCAUUUUCGUCCUUGGCAGCAGCAGCUUCAUCCAAUCCGAAUACGCCAAUUACUUCAAAGAAAAACCCUUGA